AUGGGCAUUGUCCGUAGAUUAUCAGCGGAAGAUGUCAUGAAAAUAGCGAAAGAAGUGUUAAUCCAAAACCAUGUUUUUGGUCUCUCCCACCAAGAAACCAUUGAUGUGGAACUUGCAUGUCUUCUUUUAGCUUCUGCAGAGAAGGUUGCCAAGCAAGAACAUGAUGAAGGAAGCAGAUUGCUAAGCCUCUGUGAUUUCUUGUCCUCCAAGACAGGAAGCUCAGUUCAAAGAACCGUUCAUUAUUUUACCAAAGCCCUUCAACAGAGGAUUGAUAGAGAAGCAGGGGGAAAUGCAUUAAAGGGCUCGAAGAGUAGUAGUGAAGAAGAAGAGACAAUGGCGUACGGGAAUCUUACCAUCAUUGCAUGUUAUCUUCACCUUCCCUUCAGCCAAAUUACUCAGUUUGCAGGAAUCCAAGCAAUUGUAGAAAGUGUGGCUUCUGUGAAAAGGGUUCACUAUAUUGACCUUGCAAUCAGAACUGGAGCUCAAUGCAUAGUGCUUAUGCAGGCCCUUGCAACUCGCCAUGGAUGCCCAAUCGAGCUUCUCAAAGUAACUGCAAUUGGGAUAUCAUCAAAACAGAGGAUUGAGGAGACAGGGAAAAGACUCGCCCGUUUUGCUGACACUUUAACAUACCCUUUUCAUUCCAAAUAA